UCCCCAUUUCAGCGAAUCAUCACCGACUCACCCAUCCUCUUAGUCUGUCGUCUCGUUGUGCGUCUCAAAAGCUCCACCGUCCAAGUCACACGACCCAAGCAGCGAAGACCAACAUGACCCGUGUGUACCUCGAUUAUAACGCCACGACGCCUGUGGAUCCUUCCGUAUUGCAAGCACUAUUGCCAUACCUCGGUCCGCAGUUUGGCAACGCGUCUUCAUCGUACGCGCUGGGCCAGACUGCCAAGAAAGCGGUGGCCAAUUCACGCACUCAAGUUGCGUCCAUGCUUGGCGCUGCUGACCCGAGCGAGAUCGUGUUCCUCUCAGGCGGCACAGAAUCCAUCAAUUACGCCAUCAAGGGAGCAGCACUGGCGGCCAAGCGCGAGAGCGGACGCAACCACAUCGUCACGUCCUGUGUGGAACACAUAGCAGUGUUGGAGACGUGCAAGUGGCUGGAGACGCAGGGCUUCCAGGUCACGUAUCUGCCUGUGGAUCGCUUCGGCUGUGUGCGCGUACAAGACGCACUAGAUGCGCUUACGUCACAGACAUGUGUGGUGUCCAUCAUGCUCGCCAAUAACGAGGUGGGAUCGUUACAGCCUAUUGCGGAGAUCUCUCGAGCUGUGCGCCAAUUCGUGGAGGAGGAAGACGGCCGUCUGCCAAUUGCAGUGCACACAGACGCCAGCCAGGCAAUUGGAAAAGUGCGUGUGAAUGUACAGGACCUAGGAGUGGACUUGCUCACAGUAGCUGGACACAAACUCUACGCGCCCAAGGGUAUCGGCGCACUCUACAUUCGUGAAGGAACAGUGGUGGACACGAUCAUCCACGGAGCCUCACAGGAGAACGGACGUCGUGGUGGAACGGAGAAUGUGGCGCUCGUAGUGGCACUAGGCCAGGCCUGCGCACUGGUGGAGAAGAAUCUGCACGAGUACGCUGUGAUGAUGCAGGAGAGCAGAGCGUUCCUCCUCGAGCAAAUCCAGAAGCACUGCAGUCUCAGCAACGUCAGCUACCAGGUGAACGGCCAUCCUGAACUCUCGCUUCCCAACACACUGAGCAUCAGCUUUGAAAACAUCAAUGCGCCGUGUAUUCUUGACUUGAUCGAGGCCGACGGCAUCUAUGCUAGCGCAGGAUCAGCAUGCCACAGCCACAAACAAGACUGUGGCGACAAAGAGAAGAGCCCUGAGGGUCAGGAGGAACGCAUCACCAUUUCACACGUACUGACUGCCAUGCACGUCGCCCCAGAGUUCGCCAAAGGCACGCUACGCUUGUCAGUGGGCCGCUCCACCGCACAGGAAGAGCUACUACACGCUGCUAACGCGAUCCACAAGGCCAUUCAACAACUUCUGGCUUAGCUCAGAACUGCACAGUCGUGCAACUAUAACGUCUCCUUUUGUGACGCCCCAUGCUCUUGUUUACAUGUUCUAAGGACUGAUAUACUCAAAUUUUACACUUAAGAAAAAACAAACAUUGUUUUACUUACUGGUGCGCUGUCAUGGCGCGAGUACACGUUUCC